AGGACUUUCAAGGAGUCUUGGUUUUGGAGCAGGGUAUAAUUACCAUCGAUGCUGCACGGACUGAGGACAAGAAGACCAUUGCAGCUCUGAGGAGUUCACAGGAUAUGAAAGAAGGCCCAAACACAAGGAUGGAGUGCCAGAAAAUUCUCAAUUUCGGAAACCAGCUCCUUCGCCGGAAAAACGUGGACUGCACUCGAGAAGACAGCCGGCUCUCGCGGUGCCUCAACACGUUCGACUUGGUGGCCUUGGGCGUUGGCAGCACGUUGGGUGCGGGCGUCUAUGUCCUGGCCGGGGCCGUGGCACGGGAAAACGCAGGGCCUGCCAUCGUGAUCUCCUUCUUGAUCGCCGCCUUGGCUUCUGUGCUGGCCGGGCUCUGCUACGGAGAAUUUGGUGCCCGCGUUCCUAAGACGGGAUCAGCUUAUCUGUACAGCUACGUGACUGUGGGCGAGCUGUGGGCCUUCAUUACGGGGUGGAAUUUAAUCCUCUCCUACGUUAUCGGGACCUCCAGCGUGGCCAGAGCCUGGAGCGCGACGUUCGAUGAAAUCAUCGGCCAGCACAUUGAGGAGUUUUGUAGGAAAUACAUGACGAUGGAUGCUCCAGGAGUGCUAGCCAAAUACCCAGACAUCUUCGCUGUGGUGAUAAUCAUCAUCUUAACAGGGCUUUUAAUUUUUGGUGUGAAGGAAUCUGCCCUGGUGAACAAAGUGUUCACCUGCAUCAACAUCCUCGUCCUUGGCUUCGUCAUGGUCUCUGGCUUUGUGAAAGGGUCGCUUAAAAACUGGCAGCUGACUGAAGAGGACAUUUACAACACCAGCCACGGCAUUUCUUGGGACAAUCAUACCCAGGGAGAAAAGCUCUAUGGUGUUGGAGGGUUUAUGCCCUAUGGAUUGAAAGGAGUCCUCUCAGGGGCAGCCACGUGCUUUUAUGCUUUCGUUGGAUUUGACUGUAUUGCUACUACAGGUGAGGAGGUGAAAAACCCUCAGAAGGCCAUUCCCAUCGGCAUCGUGGCGUCUCUGCUCAUCUGCUUCGUGGCUUAUUUUGGUGUGUCAGCUGCCCUGACGCUCAUGAUGCCUUACUACCAGCUGGAUACCAACAGCCCUUUGCCCAAUGCCUUUAAAUAUGUGGGUUGGGAUGGGGCCAAUUAUGCGGUAGCGGUCGGUUCCUUGUGUGCACUUUCUACAAGUCUCCUCGGCUCCAUGUUUCCAAUGCCUCGAAUAAUUUAUGCUAUGGCAGAAGACGGACUUCUCUUUAAGUUUUUGGCCAAAGUCAACGAGAAGAGAAAAACUCCAAUAAUUGCAACGGUGACAUCAGGAGCCAUUGCAGCUGUUAUGGCUUUUCUCUUCGACCUGAAAGAUCUCGUGGAUCUCAUGUCUAUCGGGACCCUCCUGGCUUACUCCUUGGUGGCAGCCUGCGUGCUGGUGUUGAGGUAUCAGCCAGAGCAGCCUAAUUUGGCUUACCAGAUGGCUCGAACAACAGAGGAGACAGAUAACAACGAGUCUGUGAGCACCAGCGAGUCGCAGGCUGGGUUUCUGCCAGAGGAAGAGGAGAAAUGUUCCCUCAAAGCCAUACUAUGUCCCCCAAAUUCAGACCCUUCCAAAUUCUCCGGCUCAGUGGUGAACGUCUCGACCUUCAUCAUCGGUUUCCUUAUCGUGGGCAGCUGUAUCUUGACUGCCCUCGAGCCAAGCGUUCUGAUAAAGGCCGUGUGGAUUAUUGCUGCAAUACUGGUUCUCGUUGUCAGCUUCGUUAUAUGGAAACAGCCUGAAAGCAAGACCAAGCUUUCCUUUAAGGUACCUCUUUUGCCCCUUCUUCCUAUUGUGAGUAUUUUUGUGAAUGUUUACCUCAUGAUGCAGCUAGACCUUGGCACGUGGAUACGAUUUGCAGUCUGGAUGCUCAUAGGCUUUAUCAUCUACUUCACCUACGGAAUAUGGCACAGCGUGGAAGCCACGUACGCAGCCUCGGCGGACGCGGAGAGAACCACGGAGGCUGGCUCGGACAGCUGCAAAUGACUGCGCGCUGGGCUCACGGGCACCUGGGGAACCGCUGCAGCUGAGGCAGCUGUGCCAGGGGGGUCCCGAAGCGUUGCCCCCGGUUAAGCAGUAAUGCAGAAGCCAGGAAGCACAACGUGGGAAUCCCCGGCCCUGUUGCUGCAGCUUGCAGUUUGCUUCGUAGCGCAGUUAAAAGGGAUGGCAAGGAAAAAAGCCGCACCUCUGGCAUGCUCCCGGCAGCGCUGUCAGCUAACCCGGGGCUAUGCGCUUCCCCUCCUCCCUCUCCUGUUUUUUAUUUUAAUUUUAUUUUUUAUUUUUUAGUGCGUGUAGAAAGAAAACGGCUUCUGUGUGCCAGUUAACCUUAAAUGCUGCUAUGAAACCAGGCCUCCCAAAGGCCCUCCUUUCAGUAGCCCUGGGAAUUACCUCCCCCCAGAUACUCUACCUGAUCAUACACGGAGCAGAUCCGCAAUGCUACUGUCGUGCUUAGACCAGAUCGUUACUUCACCUGAUGCGAGCUGUACCACUUGUGUACGCACAAAAAAAACAAAAAGGCUCUUGCCAAACACAAGCUUUCACCUGGUUAAGAAAGCACCCGCAAGAUUUACUUUCUUUAAAGUGUUGGGUUUCAUAGUUUUUACUGUAUUUAACUUUUUUUUUUUUUUUUAACUCAGUAUUCGUAUGCUUUAAAGCGCACCACUUCUGUGGGAUGUUGGGAGGGUUUCUGGUUGCUGCUUGUUGGGUGAGUGGUCAUUUGCCAGCGUGCAGAUAACGCAGACGGAUGUUCCUGCUAACUGUGUGCUCAGCAGAGGGGUUUCCAGGUUUUGUCAUAAAACCAGCUGGUGCGAAUACUUGAAUGGCUUUAAUAGCACGGGUGUCUCCAAAGAGCCUUCCUACCUCUUCGCGUCAAAAAUUGCCAGCGGUGGGGCCCAACUGGUGGGGUGGCAGAAGUGCUCUCGAGCCCGGGUCAGAAAAUAAGUAGGGCCCCGCUUUCCUCUCCGUGCAUCAGGUUGGUUGGAAGUCGGAAGAGCUGCCCCAGCGUGGGCCACGUGAAUUAAGCAAAGCAUUCGGGUGCAUCUCCUGCGCCGUGCCAGGGCCGGGCUUGCUGUGGGCUUGCUCUCCAGUGCCUGGCCACUGUGAAAGGUGGGAAAUCUCCGUCUUUGGAAGCGUUCAGAGUUGGGUUGGAUGGGGCUUUGAGCAACCUGGUCUAGUGAAAGAUGUCUCUGCCUGCUCCAACCCAUGCUGCAAUUCUGUGACAUUCAGAGGUGAGGCCAGGGUCUGCGUGGAGUUGGCAAUCCAGAGGUCGCCUCGGCUUUGCUGUAAGACAAUUUUUUCUUAAUUCCCUCAAAUAUCUUUCCCCAGCCAAAUUCCUUGCCCUAAAAAAGGCUUGCUAAAGCAUUAGAAAGGUGGGUCAUGCCCAUGUAAUGCCACUGAUUUAAACUCACGUUUUAGCUUGUACUGAAAAGCAAAUCCUGAACAGAUACUGCAGAAAACCCCUUCCCUAACUUGGCUGGAUGCUGCCUUAGGUGCCCUCCACAGCUUGAUGUGCUUGUCAGCACAGCUCUCGGGGGUGAAGGGAAGGGCUCCUGUCCCCGUCGUACUGACGGAGAGCUGAGGAACAGGCUCCUAAAUUUGACUUGAGCAGGGGCUUGCCGGGAUGGAGUUGGAUGGAGUGACUGGAAGCUGUGCUUUGCUUUCUGGGUGCGUUUUCAGGGCGCUUUUGUACCGGCAGAUGGUCUUGACCAUCUGCCAAGCCUUUUUUCCUUCUGCACAUAUGAAGUCUUUGCUCAUGCAGGGAGAGAAGAAUAUCAAAAUUAAAACCCAUGAGGUUGAGAUCUGUUUUAUUUUAAACACGGGCAAACUCAAUGCACUCCACAGCCUCCUGAAAAGAACUGAAGAUGUGGUAGGAGGGCAAAAAAAAAAAGGAAAACUCAGAGGGGAUUUAAGUUUCCCAUUGUACCAAAAAUGUAAGGACAUUUUUCUCUACCUUGGGUACCGGUUGUGAGCAAUUAAGACAUUCAGCAUCGACGAUAUGAAUUCUGACUGGAAGGGUGUUUCCAAAGAGAAUUAUUUAAAAAUAUGCAGAUUUCUUGCUGUAUGUAUUUUUUUUUUUUUUUAAAUAUAAAUGUUAACUUAUUUUUUGUUGUCUGCUUAGGGAUCUGUUCUGGUAUUUAUAUUCCGUAACUUGACUUCAGCUUUUGUGGCAUGUAAUUGCAGCACUUAGAAGAAAGGGGAAGUCUGGGCUGGGGCCAUUUUUCUUUGGCUUCUUUUUCCUCCGAGGAGGUUCCAUAGGAAAACCCUUCUGUUCCACCAGAGCUUGCAUUCAGAUGUGCCGUUACCCGUCCCAGCCCCAGAGCCACCUGCUGCAAAUCUGCUGUGGGAGUUGAGGGCUUUUCUCUCCGUCUCAGGCUCCUGCAGCCCACCCUGGCCCACCUCUCUGGAGGUUUUGGUGCCACUUUUCGGAGCCGUGCUGUCCCUGGCACGAUGUGCCCGCAGGGACACGAGUGGCAGGAGGGGACAGCGGUUUUGGCACGGGCUCCUCGUGGCUCCGUCCCCCCUCGCUUCUCUUUUGUAACCCGAAAAGUGAAAAAAAAAAAAAAAAAAAUACUGGGCUCCCUCUUUCUAGGAUGAUGCCCAGGACUUUGCGAAUAGGUGAGUUUUUAUUUUUUAUUUAAUUUUAUUUUGUUGGUUUAUUUUUGUCUCUGCCUCCCUGCUGAUGUCUGCAUGUAACAUAGAUGAAGCCAGGUAUGUUUGAAGACAUGCAGCUGCUGCUAUAACCUCGCUGUUGUGAACAAUAUGCCUUCACUCGUUUGAGCUUUUCUUUGUAAAUAGUUCAGUAAUUAUUUUGUUUUGUUGUUGCAAGAGUGUUUUGUACAGAUGCAGAGCAUUUCACUGUAUGAGGAGGUGGGAGGAGCAGAGGAGUGAUGCCUUGCUCGGUGCAAGAACAGAUCCUUUUGUGUCUGUGAUAAACACAGCCUGCCUGGUCCUCUGGAGCAGGAUCUGGCCCGGAGGUCUGACCUUAUUUUAGCCUAUUUGGUCGGUCCCAGUUUGCUCACUGCAGAGAAGCCCUCCGACACGGAGCCAGCCAGCCUUUCCCCAAGGAAAACUGUCACAACAGCGCUCCCCCGAGCUAAGUGCUUGGCGUAAAAAAAACAAAACAAAACAAAAAACUACUAGAUUUUGCUUAUUUGCUUACAAAUUUAAUUCUCUGGUUGCUGAAAGUCAUUACCGGCUGGGUUUUGGCUUCAUUUUGUGUUCUUCUCACCCCUCGGGGUGCAUUUUGCCACCGGUUUGGGCAGCGGCCGUCAGCGCCCGGUGCGUGCCGUCCCCCUCGGCGGCUGCAGCUCUGCGCCGCGGGGUGCAGCAGGACGGGGAGGGGAGCCCCUGCGGCCCUGCUCCUUGUUUUUGGGCAGGGUUUGGGAAGAACUCCCAUUCGCAGGGUGCCAGUCGCUGGCUGCGUCGUGCCUGCGGGGAGCUAGCAUCUCUCCUGCUGGCUCGGGGAGCAGCAAGCAAUAUUAUUAGGUUAUUAUGUUUGUGUUUUGUAAGAUCAGCUUCUUUAGCGGUGGCGUUUUACGUAUUAACCGAUUCCAGUGGGAUUUCUCAAAUUCCUGCUAGCACAAGCAUUUCCACCCCCAGAAAACCACUUACAAAUGAGCUUUUGUUAUCAUCUGUCCCGGUGAAUAAGCGAGCACACGCCGGCCUGGCGGGCAGCGGAGAGGGUUUGGAGGGGUGGAGGACACGCCGUGCCGGUUCCCGUAGCAGAAGGCUCCCCGCAGUCCCCCCCUGCAUCUCAGCACCAUCCCCUUUUAAAGGACGCCUGUUCCCUCUCGUGGAAAAAGCAUCUCUGCUUCUAAAUCCUUGGAUAACCUCCCGAUGCCCGCUGGGCUUGAGUUUUUGGGGAGGAAUAGGGCAGGUCGCCCUUCGAGCGGUGUCAGCAUGGUGCGGGGCUGCGGGGCGGGCGAAGGGAGGGCACCCCACGAGGGCACGGUGCUGAGGGUCCCCAGCCGCUCGCACCGGCAGCCUCACGGGCUUUUCUCAGGGUAUUUGCUCCUGCUCCAAGACACGGGGCGAGCCUGCUCGGUGCCACACUUUGUGGCCCUGCCUUCGAGCCACCCGUGCCAGGAGAAGGGCAGGGAGCACGGUGCUGCCCACCCCGGAGCCGGUGUGCUACCAAAUGAGUGGUGAGCGAGGGCCGUUCCUUCAGCGAAGCGAUUUUUACUGACUGAAGCCAUGGAAGAGUCUGUAUAUUUUUAUUUUUUAAUUAUUAAGCGAAGUGUAUAUAGCUUUCUGUUGUCUGAUGGUCUAUUUUCCUAAUGAUUUUCCCAGAAUAUUUCUUACAGGCGUGGUAAAUAGUUUUAAUGCUUGUUCCGCAAACAAAUCUACUUUUUAAUCUUUGUUUUGGGUUUUGGGGUUUUUAUUUGGUUUCGUUUGGGUUUGUUUUUUUAGCUGUGUUCAUGUAGCAAUUAAAGCCUUAAGUUCUACAAUGUGAAACUUGCCCCCAGAGCACAGCGCGAGCGUGCAGCGUACUUUUUAUCCUGCCGACACUGUAAAUACUUCUCCCCCAAACGAAGCUUUUGGAAUUUGGAAAUUCACUUGUAAUUAUGUGGUACAGCAUUAAAACAUUUUUUUCUCA